AUGGCAGACCCCAUCUCCAUCGCCAGCGGCGUAGCAGGCUUUGUGAGUCUCGGUAUCGAUAUAUGCAAAGGCCUCAAGCAGUACGUCUCUGCCUAUCGCGACUUUGAUAAGGACGCCAAGGAGGUCUUCGCACAACUGGAAGGCCUCCAAUCUUCUCUUGCUCUUCUCGGAAGUGCCCUCGAGGGCAUUGAGCCAUUCUUUUCCAAUAACAGGGCCGAGAUAUUGCGGCGGCUCAAGGACACUGUCGCACAAUGCUCUACUGGCUUAUCGAAGCUGCUGGACAAUCUAGAGAGAUGUGGAGGGGAAGCCCCAACACGAUCUGAUGACGUGGUACCAACCUCGACCGCAACCGGCGCUGAGACAAGUGGUGAGGCAAAUGCGCGCGGUAUAUCUGCCCUCUCCAUUCGGAAGCGCCUGAACCGGGCGGUGAAGAGGUCUAUCUACCCACUUCGAAAGGACACGCUCGCCGAAAUCAGCCAGAACUUGGACGCCGUCCAGUCCAGGAUCCAGUUUCUACUCGAUAUUCUCAAUCUGUGA